AUGUCAUACAGGCAUCAAAUCCCUAAAUUCGACCCGUACUUCUAUACUCAACCCUUGCAAGGUCCACUGAGCCAAAUGAGCCGAGGAUUAUCACCGGACUGCCAGAGCAUCACAGACGGGAUCGUGUUCAACCCUAGAGGGACAGGAAGACAAGGGGGCCAGUCGAAGCCGUCCAACCGGGGACAAAUCUACGCAACGCCGAUCAUUGCAGCACAUCCUGGCCGGUUGAAGAGCUUGGCUCACGAGUCAACCGGCCAGGUGUCCCACCCAGCUUACAUGGCUAUGUCAAGACACUUCCUGGGCCCAAGGGAAUGA